ACAACGUUAACGAACCUGAUUGAACAAAAUUCACUCCACUAGCUCAUUCGCCUUUGUGCUCUCCAGUAAGUAAAUGUUCUCGUAGAUUUAGCAAUUCGAAAGCAUGCGUUGUGCGACUAUAGUUCUUGUGGCGGUAUUGAUCCAAUGUACUUAUGCUCUCCGGUACAUCGACAUUGGAAACAAACAUACUGCGACACUUUGGAUCCAAUCAAAUUUUAAGGGUCGCGAACUCAUUAGAAUUGAUGCUGGUAAAACUGAAAGAUACGAAAUCCCAGAUAGCGGUUGGAUUAGCGGUAUGAUGUGGCCAAAAAUUGGUUGUGAUAGAACGGGUCAAAAUUGUAUGUUCGGACAAUCGCAAGCGCCAUGUCCACCCGGAGGAUGUCAACCCCCAUCUGAGACCAAAGUUGAGUUUACUUAUCAUGAAAUAAACAAUCCGGGCCAUACGUUUUAUGAUAUCAGUCUGGUUGAUGGAUAUUCCAUGGGCGUUGAGAUUAUUCCAGUCAAAGACGGAGUUCCAUUGCAACAAGGAACCUGUAUUCGAACAGUUUGUCGAAUGAGUGUAGCACAGUGUCCUAAGAAUGAAAAGAGUGGUCUGGGAGAUUUAACGUUUAAAGCGAAAGACAGCAGUUUAGUUGGCUGCUUAUCACCAUGUAAGAAAUGGAGCACAGCUCAACCGUUUGGAAAGGGAUUGGGGGAAAUGGAUGGCGAUGGCCGAUUAUUAUGUUGUCCACAUCCUAAAGGGCCUAUCAACGGAAAAAAUCCUGUCUCUGCUGAAGAAUGCCGUCGUGGACCUGUUGUUCAAACCGAAUAUGUAAAAUUGGUUCGUCGCAUUUGCCCGACUGCAUACAGUUACGCAUUCGAUGAUGUAAACGGAUCACACGAUUGUCCACCAACCACCAAUUUUGUGGUCAAUUUCUUCAGUUAACAUAAUGAGGGUUACGGCUACUUUAAACCUACAAACCGACAAAUGACCAUACUGUAUCUGUCCAAAGCUUACAGUAACAAUAAAAUUCUUUUUCAAUAAACGUUAUCAAGGCGUUCCUAUCAAAAUUUAUGUUGAAAUUAUUGAAAUAAAAAAUUAUUGC